CUACAAUUUGAUCACUUCAACAACUUCACGACAAAUCAAAGGUUCUCUAUUCACGGGAGUAGAUGGGGGAUCUACCUUUAUAUAGAGUCUCCUACUCUUAGUGGGUACACAGAACAGCACGAGCUCCUGGUACCGUCAAAAAGGACAACAAUGGCGGGGUCAAGUCUCCAAGCUUCCAAACCCAUGAAUGUGAAAGAGAUCUCAGCCAAGGCUGAAGAUUUCGAUUUCAACCCUUCUAUUGCCAUAAAAUACUGGUUACGGACUGCGGACACUUUACUGCGGGAGGCACGCAUCUACGAGCAGGAAGAUAAUGAUCAACAAGCAUUCUUGUUACUUAUGCGAUAUGCCACCCUCAUUGCCUAUAAGCUCCCUAGCCAUCCAUUGGCGCGGGAACCAGAGAAUCGAGCGGGUCUGAGAGCUGCGGACAAGACUUUACCUUUCGUUCUAGACCAACUAGAAUUACUCAAACCUCGGAUCGAGGCACGAUAUAACUCAUGGCAGAAGGCUAUGGAGCGCCGGAGAGAGGCCAAUACAGCAAUUGAAAACGAUAGGCUCAAUUCCCGAUCCCAGAUUGACCUUGCUGCCACGGACCCAGCUGUUGCGGGAAAUCCUACAACCUUAGGUGCAGCAGAGAACAGCGAUCUUGCAGUACAGCUGGCGCAUAAUGAGAUUCGACGGCGAGAAACGAAACGGAGAGCUAUACAGCAGGGCAGUAUCUCUGCAGAGGGUGAAAAGGAAAGACGGACGGCAGGACAAUGGGGUGGCUGGGAGGCUGCGUUAUCGAAAGGUGACCAAUCUCAUUAUGAUGAUGAGAUGCGGCGGAACAUGGAGGCUUCAAGGAGACGACUGGAUGGGCCGCAGGAUUUUGCUCCUGGCCCAGGAGAAAGACGCCUCCCGAAGCCUCCUCGUCCAGCAAGACCUUUUGCGAGGGAUGGUAAUGGUGAAUACCGCUACCCUUCAAUACAGAAAUCUCAACCCCUACAAUAUGACGAUACUUUUGAGUCAUCGAGAACGAGCUCACCCGGCAUAAAACUCCCGCCAAAACCACCGAAAGAGAGGUUCGAAGGGCCGAUGCACAUCAGCCCUCCAAGUCUGCCAGACAAGAUCCCUUCCGAAAAUCAAGACGUGUCGGCUUCAAAACUCCCUGCAACAAAUUUCACAUUUCGCCCUUCUGCUUAUCUUGAGAAUGGCAACCCUCUACGAACAGUCUUUCUGCCUCCGACUUUACGUCUAAGGUUCCUCGAAGUCGCCGAAUCCAACACCCGGAAUAACCUCGAGACUUGUGGUAUGUUAUGUGGGACAUUAAUCUCCAAUGCGCUUUUUAUUUCAAAGCUAGUCAUUCCCGAGCAAGAGAGCACGAGCGAUACCUGCGAAACCAUCAAUGAGAGCGCCUUUUUUGAUUACUGUGCUGCGGAGGACUUAAUGGUGUUGGGCUGGAUUCACACGCAUCCGACACAGACUUGUUUUAUGAGUAGCAGAGAUCUGCAUACGCAUUGCGGGUAUCAAAUAAUGAUGCCAGAAAGCAUCGCGAUUGUUUGUGCGCCAAGCAAGACGCCUGCAUGGGGUGUGUUCCGGCUGACUGAUCCACCUGGCAUGCAGUCUGUACUCAACUGUCACAAAACGGGACUCUUUCACCCCCAUGAGGAGCCAAAUGUGUAUACACAUGCCCUGAGACCAGGACAUGUCUGUGAGGCUGAAGGGUUAAAGUUUGAUGUUGUGGAUUUAAGGCCCAGGUGAUCAGUGAUUUAUCACGUGUCACACGUGAACCUGCAUCAAAAUUUCAAGGGCCGAGUAUGCAAGAUAGGUAGAGAGCCUUUUGACAAGGGAUGAUAUGUGAAUUGCUUCUGCGCAUAGCAUUGGCGUUUGGUUCCACCUGUCAGGAUGGGAUGGGAUGACUAGGUAGAUAAGACCCGUCAUCCACGGAUGACAUUGAAGGACAGCAGCUUCGAUAUGCUGCAUUGUGGAGGUCGAAGUAGACCAUAGCUGAUUGAUACCCUGACCAAUGAAUAUCGUUAUCUCGU